GCUGUCGGCAUACGCUGUCAGUAUACAGAGAUCGAGUGACGAGUGCGCACGUAUUUCCGCAUUGAUAACAAAGUUAAUUCUUUCAAGAAAGUGUGAAGAAAAGUAGAAAUUCAAAAUGAGGAGAGGAAUGACAUUAAUUCCAAGAUUGUUUUCCCAUUGGUGGGAAGCAUUGGAACAACCACAUCGAUUAUUGGAUCAACAUUUUGGAAGAGGAUUGCGAGCAGAUCAACUUUUUCCUUCGAUACCAUUCAGAUCAUUUCCUUAUAAUUUUUCUCGACCAUGGAUAGAUUGGGAACGAGAGGAAGAUUGUGGUUGGUCCAUAAUGAGAAAUGACAAAGACAAAUUUCGAGUGAUUCUUGACGUGCAGCAAUUCAAACCAGAAGAAAUAAAUGUCAAAGUUAUUGACAAUUUCAUUGUUGUUGAAGGAAAACAUGAAGACAAGGCAGAUGAUCACGGUUUAAUCUCCAGACACUUCGUUAGAAAAUAUUUAGUACCAGAUCAAUGUGAUCCUGAGAAAGCUGCAAGUAGUUUGUCUACAGAUGGUAUUUUAACGAUAACAGCACCAUUAAGACCUGAAGCUGCUGAAAGUAAACGGGAAAAAACUAUAAAAAUCGAACAAACGGGGAAACCUAUGGUAGAAGAUGAACCUGAAAAAAUAAAACAAACACAAGUUCAAACUGUUGAACGUCAAGUACAACUUGGAAUUUAUCUUUAUCUGCCUGAACAGUUGAACUGCCUCUGUCACCACGAAACAGUUCAGCCCAAUUCGGUCUGGAGAUAUAAACGUUUCCUCUUCGUGGUUGUAAACAUAACUCCAAUCGGCUCGGUGAUAACAAUUGUUCCGGAUAAAGGCCUAAUCCGAAAUUCUGGUCCAAGAGGCGGUGCGGGCGAUCCAGAGUCUCCCACCAAUCAGAGAAUAACAAAGAUUUAUUUUGAAAUUAAAAGAAAAACAAUGUCUUUUUUGCCGGUACUUCUUAACUGGGGGGAGGAUUUGAAGACACCUUAUUAUCCCUUUGACCAGCUUCUUGGACUUCCAUUGAGUUCUGAAGAUUUAUCAACAUCUUUCUUUCCUGACGAUACUGAUAUUUUAAUGCUAAGACCUCGUCGCUGUUUUCGCAGAUAUCAGCCUUAUAAAAGAAUUAUAGAUCGUACAUCCAGUGGAACAUCUACAAUACAAGCUGAUAAAAAUAAAUUUCAAGUAUCAUUAGAUGUUCAACAAUUUGCUCCAGAAGAAAUGACUGUUAAAGUUGUAGGAAAGAAUGUAGUUGUCGAAGGCAAACAUGAAGAAAAACAGGAUGAACAUGGAUGGAUAUCCAGGCAUUUUGUACGAAAGUAUAUUGUACCAGAACAAUGUGAUAUUGAUCAAUUAAAAUCAAAUUUAUCUUCUGAUGGAAUAUUGAUGAUCACUGCACCAAGAAAAGAGAUUGAUCCAACAUCAAAGAAUGAAAGAAUUAUUAAAAUUCAAAUUACAGGAAAACCUGCUUUAAGAGAUGAUACAAAACCAAUUGAAAAACAAAAGGAAAAUCAAGUUCAGAAGAAUCCCAUAUCACAAAGAGGACAAGAACAUAUAGUAAAAGCUGCUUAGGAAAAUAAUUUAUUGUAAAAUUGUUAUAACAACAAUUUUCUUAGUAUUUUAUGUUGCAUAUAUAAUUAACUUAAAGCUCAACUAAAUUCUUUAUCUAAAUCUAUCUUAUAUUUUCUAAUAAAAUAAGCAAUUUAAUUUUAAUUUUUCAUAUUUUAAAUUUAAGUGUGAUCUAGUUGAAUAACAAACUAAAUUUGUAAAAUAAACAUUUCUCAUUUUUAUAAGUUA